AAAAUAUACAUCUCUGAGAUUACACAAAGAAUGCUGAGACAAAGAGGUAGAUUGCAUGUGUAUGUGUGAGGAAGAUAGGGUUAAGGAACACACUAGUAGUUUGGCUGUGACACAUUGAAAUCAAUGCAAAUAACUACGGAAUUGCUGUUGUUGUGUAGGGAAGUUUAAAAAAAAAUAAUGGAGGUUUCAUACUAUACUGCUCCCACAACUUAGCAAACUUGGAAUUUGGAAUGAGACAUCUUUCAACACUUAGAUACAUUGUCUGAUGCAUACUGAACAUCAAGUGGCCCAUAAAUCAAACCUGAAUUAUUAGAUUUUGGAUUUUUGUCGAUAGAUGCAUGAUAGAUAUUUAAAAAUGCAACAAGGGUAGCAUUGCUAUUAACUGUAAGCAAUACAAUGAUUCCAUUGGGCAAGAGACAAGUAACCUCUACUGGCCUAUCAGGCGGGGCAGUGUCCCAGAAGUCGAACUGAUACUCUGCAGGAAUUGGAGCCAUCCUUACUCUAUUUUCUGGAAGCUCUACCCAAACAUUAUCCAAAGCAGCAGUAUUUUGUAGAACCUAGACGAGUGCACUUAGUCGCAGUAACAUACAGUAUGGAGUCGUUUCCUUUAUGCUCCUAUUCGCACACUUUGUAAAUAUUCACAAGAAAAUAUAUUCUGGAAAUGAUCAACAGACGAAAAUAUAUCAGAAAAUAUCACUGUGUUAUUGACACUCGCUAUUCUCAUUACUCCCAUAAAAACAACAGUGUCUCCAGUAGAAGCCCGAUAAAUAUCCCUAGAGUUAGGUUUUUUCUUCAAAUAAAAUAUUUAGGAACAUUGUAUAGUCUGUUGGUAGCAGUUACACUCGACAUUUCAUAGCCGUGGAUGACGUGUGGUGUGAUUCCUGGAAAAGCUCCCGAAAGAAGAAAAAGUGGCCAAAGGUAAUGUAAAAUGUUUAAAAGUGAAAAACCAUCAGUUAGAUUGCCGCGGCUAUAUAAGAUAGCAGCAUUAAUAGCAAAAGAAUACAGCGAAGGGCUAGGCAGCAUUAAACAGUUGGUUUAUGAAAAACGAAAGAAACACCCUCGCAUUAAAUCUUUGUUUGCCUUGGUAUCUGUUCUAUACCAACGAAAGGAUGAAAUAGAGCACUUGCUCAAAAAAACCCAAUUGUUAGACAAGGAAUCAAGAAUUGAUCCAUGGGUGAUCAAAAUUCUUGUGACAGAAUUGCUUUAUGGCAAAAAAACAUUAUCUGGCCAGACCAGAAUUGAGCAGACAAUCAAGGGGUAUGAGCAAAUGUUUAAAGCCCAUCUCAGUGAUGUGAUUGAGGCCCCUGUCAAAGAGGAAACCGUUUCUACCAAACCAAAAUACGUGAGAGUGAAUACAUUGAAAAAAACAGUUGGGGAAGCAAUAGAUGCGUUCAGAGAUGAAGAAUGGAUACUUAUUAAACAUUCCGAUAAAAACGACUACAAUGGGUUCGUAGAAAAAGUAGCAGCAUUAAAAGAUGGAGAGUUCAUGGUUGACAUGCACGUACCCAGUCUGUUGAUAUUUCCAUCAAAAACGCACUUUUAUAACCAUCAAGCUUACAAGAAUGCUACAAUCGUCUUACAAGAUAAGGCCAGUUGCUUGCCAGUGCAUCUACUGGCCCCCUGUCCCGGUUCGACCGUACUGGACAUGUGUGCCGCCCCUGGAAUGAAAACCACCCAAUUAGCGGCGGCAUUGGAAAAUCAGGGCGUGAUUUACGCCGUAGAAAGAGACGCCAAGAGGGCGGGGAUCCUGAAGGGGAUUGUUGGCGGUAGUGGCGCGACUUGCGUCAAGGUCAUCAACAAGGAUGUGUUGCAGUGUAAUGGCAAAGAGUUUCCAGGGGUGGAGUAUAUUUUGGUGGAUCCUAGCUGUUCCGGUUCAGGUAUGAGCGAGAGAGCAACUUCAUUUGAAAGUAAAGACUUAUCUAGGCUUCAAAAACUAGCUGGUUUCCAAAUUAUAAUCCUACGCAGUGCUUUGACUCGAUAUCCAGAUGCUAAACGCGUUGUCUACUCAACCUGUUCACUGCAUCCUGAAGAAAACGAAGAAGUCGUACGGCAAGUGCUCGAAACCAACUCUCACUUUAAACUUGUUGAUGCCAAGAAACUAUUGAAUGCUGACUGGAAGUCAUUUGGUAGCCCAGAUUACGGAGAACUCGGUGAAUUUUGCUUAUAUGCCAGACCAGACGAAGACUUGACAAACGGAUUUUUUCUGGCUGUGUUUGAAAGAUUGGGGGAAGGAGAGCAGAACACCUUUUUCAAUAACAAAAUCUUCGGUUUCAAGAACGAAUUAAAUGCAAAGGACAGGAGGAAAGAGCGUAAGUUAGAAGCUCAACAGAAUGCAGAACAACCUGAAAUGAAGAAAGGGAAGAAAAACAGAAGGAAAAUGAAUGCGGUAGGGGAUGAUUCAAAUAAUGCUGAAGAAAUGGUGAAUGGUCAGACUGCAGCAGUUAAAAAAGUACAAAAUAAUGUUGGAGCAACUGUGGUCAAUGAUGACGCAGAUAUACAUAAAGAGCAUAAAAAUAAAAAGAAGAAAAAGAGAGUGAAGGAUGACGUUGUGGAAUCUCAAGAAAAUGCUAUCAACGACACUGUGACAGAAAAUGUUUCCGAAAUUUCCGACAAAAGUAGUGGAUCAAGAAAAAAGAAGAAACAUUCUAGUGAAGCAAGUGAAUCAACAGAUGACCUUUCGAAAAGUGAUCAGACUUUAGUAAUGAAUGACAACGCAGAAAGUCCAAAGAGAAAAAAGAAGAAGAAAAUGAGAGAAAAUGUUAAUGAAUCUCAAUAUAUUGCAUCAGAAAGUAAUGUUGAGGCAGUUGAUAAAAAAGAUAAGAAAGUUAAGAAAAGGGAAAAUGAGAUCCUAAAGAAUCAAGAUAUUUUUGUUGAAGACGAGCCAAGAAAAAAGAAAAAGAAACAUUGUAGUAAAGGAGGUGAAUCAAAAGAUUUCUCGAAAAGUGAUGCUAACAAUGAAAUUAGUAUUGAAGAAGACAAGCCUAAAAAGAAAAAACGCAAACAUAUCAGCGAGUCAGAAGAAUUAAUCGACAACCUGGCAAAUAUGACUGUAAACACCAAUGGAAUUGAAGAAUGUGAAUCCAGAAAAAAGAAACGGAAACAUCGUAGUAAAGACAGCGAACUGGCAGAGGUCUCAAACAAUGGAGACACCCCAGAAACCAUUGACAAUAGUGUUGAACAGCAUAAGUCAAAAAAGAAGAAACGUAAAAAUGACAGCGAGGUGAAUGAAUUAUCAGAGGAUUUUCGUAAUAUUGACGUUAGCUAUCCCAAUUCAAAGAAAAAGAAAAAGAAAAACAAAGACCUAGAGUGUAUGUGAAGAAAAUUGAGAUGGAUGUUUACGUGUUGUCGUAUAUUAUAUCAUAGUUUAUAAUAAAUAUGUACAGUGAAACA